CCCAGAGCGGGGCUUUCCCGUUUUACGGGGAUGAGCUCACCGGGGCCUGUAGCCAAUGAGGCGGCGGCAGCCGGCGGAGCUGGGGAAUUCCAGAGCCGUCGCCUCCGCGCUGCCUCCCUUGAGCGGGGCUUUGGGGGAACGAGCCCAGCGCCGGGAGCCGAGCGCCAGGCCCCGCCAUGCGGGAUACCAGGGGACGGCAGCCGCGGCCGGAGGAGCUGGCUCUCCCGCGGGGUGAGGGGAUGAGAGGUGCUGCUCGUCCAGACCCCGGCCUGGUCAUGGCGCAUACAGCGCAGGCCUCUGGUAAGGGAGCUGCGAUCUCAGAUGAAGAUGAAUUAGAAAUCAUCGAAGAGUUAAUUAAGGAGGAUGGAUUCCAGCCACAAGCCCCACCCUUCCUCUCCAAGGCGUCUCCCAAGGGCACGGCCAAGCUGGUGCCCCGGGGCUCAAACCCAGCCGGGCCCACUGGGAUGCUGAGGCUAAUGGAGCCGACCGGACCUAGCCCACUGCCAGUCGGCUUGACCUCCUUUGGCAGCUCCCAUCCCGCCGCGGCUCACGCCCUGCCCCUGGACUCUCAACCUCCCCUGCUCUCGCAGAGCCUCAGUAGCUUGCAACUGACGCCCAGGCUGGUGCCCCGGGGGACGACUCCGCCCCCUGCCAGCCGGCCCCACUGGGCUUCGCCCAUGCGCUCGCCAAAGGAGCAGUUGGAAGACAUGCUGGAGCCUCCCAGGCUGGUGAUCACUGAGCAGCCGAAGCAGCGGGGGAUGCGUUUCCGCUACGAGUGCGAAGGCAGGUCAGCCGGCAGCAUCCUGGGCGAGAGCAGCACGGAGGCCAGCAAGACCCUGCCAGCCAUCGAGCUGCUGAACUGCCAGAAGAUCCCCGAGGUGAAGGUGAUUGCGUGCCUGGUGUGGAAGGACUGGCCCUAUCGCAUCCACCCUCACAGUCUCGUGGGGAAAGACUGCAACAACGGGCUCUGCGAGGUCACCCUGAGGCCCCAGGUCAACCCCAAACACAGGAGCAGGGCCUGGAUCCUGUCCCAAAGAGAGACAGUCAUCCCCCAACAGGAUGUCAUAGCUGAUAUCUUGGAGAACCCCAGCUACCAGCCAGCCCGACCCCUCCUAUGUCUGCACAGGGAUCUGAGCCAUAUCAGGGCAAGGGGCUUCAUCCCUGGGACCUUCACCCAGAUUACACAGCCCCUCAGCAUCUGUGGCUGCACCACCCGUGGCCUGACAACAGUUCUCUCUGCCCCAGGAUCUCGCCACCCCAGGAGUGUCUCCUCAUUGACCACCACCUUCCGCUCCCACUGGCGGACUGAGGGGCCUGAGCUCAGGAGAGUGCAAGCAGAUAUACACACUGGGGCUGGGAAUGGGAGCCAGUCUGCCACACCGCCCAUCUGGCUAAACAGCUCUAUGGGGACUCAGAAAGGCGCUAGACACUGGUGCCUUUCCGCAGGGUCAGCCUGGUUCCAAUUGCAAGACUUCCCAAAGGCUGCGAGACAGGCAUCUAUACCCCCCCACCCCUCAAUUUAGUAUUGAGGCAGUUCCCUGCAGAAUUGGCACCCUGGGGUCCAUCCCCACUCACCCCUGGACGGGUCCCUCGGCCCCUCAGCUCCGCCAGCGCCAGUUCAUGCUGCCGCUGUCUCUCCUGCUGUUCUGCUUCAUGCCUUCCCUGUCUCCCACAGUCCUCUGACUCCUUCAAUCUCAGUUCCAAUUCCAUCCGUCUCAGAUCCACCGACGGGGAACGCGGUGGAAACCCCCGGCUGGUCCGGAGACACAAGUCUCUGGCUGCUCCCAUUCUCUCUGGUGGCUCCAGCUGGGUCCAGAACCGGUGCAGGCUCUGGGGCUACCUGGCUGCUCCCAAGUUGUCACGGACUCUCAGGCCUGAGCUUUCUCAGCUCCCCAUGGUCCCUGGGAGGAAUCCCCUUCAGUGUGACAGUCCUUCUUGGGGGUCACAACCUCUCUCGGGGGUUAAGCCGUAGGCUCCUCUGUCUCCUGGAACCGCACCUCUCUGAGCCUUCAGCACGCCUGUCUCUGUCUCUCGCUAAUCCCCGUCCUUUUACUGCUCCCCAGUCACUUAUUGCAGGAUGCUCCAUCCAGGGGGUGCAGUUGAUCACACCGCUACCACCAGUUGUGACGGAGUCACAGGUCCGAUACUCUGGAACUGUUCUGUAUGAAGUCAGCCAGGACGCGUGACUCCCCUCAUGGCAUGCUGUCCAGGGCCCUCGGCUACGGCCUUCCUGGUCUGACCUCGGACCAUUCAGCAUCCCUGUUCACACCGUACACUUCCCCUUGGCGGGUCCACCUGGAUGGGACCCCUGGGGAAGCCAGAGGGCCCUGCACCCCCACUCCACAGCCAGUGACUCUCAACCAGCGUUGUAAAACAGAAGGUUUAUUAGUCGACAGGAACACAGAGUAGAACAGAGCUUGGUAGCACAGAAAUCAGUGACUUUCAGGAAAGUCCAUCUUGAGGGACCCCCAGGCCAGACGUUUUGGACUCCCUCCUCCAAGUCCUAAAGGAGACUGCCCAGCUUCCAGAGACCCGACGUGCCCGUUGCCCCUCCUUCGGUCUUUGUCUCGCUUUCCGGACAAAGUGUCACCCCCGCCUGGGUCUGAGGUUACGAAGGGCAUCGGCCAUCACUUACGUGCAGACAGCUGGAGCCUCUUCACCUGGCCCCGAGGGUCUCAGCAAAAGUCACCCCCCCUUAUUCCCACCACCUAGGCAUUGGUGCAGCAAACAGGGAAACUGAGGCACACAGAGUAUUCAUGCAAAACAGGAAGACUCUCAUAGGCUCACUUGCAACAUAAUAAGGAGGAAAAACCCACUUUGUCACACCAUCUAUCCCAGUGUCCUGUCUUCCGACAGUGGCCAAUGCCAGGUGCCCCAGAGGGAAUAAGCAGACCAGGUAAUCAUCAAGUGAUCCAU